AUGGAAUCCCAUCGAGCAUCCUUCAGCGAAGUGGAUAGGUCCGUGAACUUGCCGCCCAUGCCCGAACAGUUGGAAUCAUCCUCCCGCGAACCGCACUCCCUCCCGAUCGCUGAGCGGCAAGAAGACUGUCACUCCCAUCCCGGCCAACUUGCUACCUUCGGCACCCGCCUCCCCCCAACACCAGCGCCCAGUCCCACCCCUCACCAAAGACCACCGAACUGGCACUCGACAGACGAGGAGGAGCAUAACUUUUUGCUCAACCUCCGCCUCCACUUCAGUACCCUGUCCAACUCUCGGAAGCAGAAGUUCCUUGAGGGUAUUUUGGAUGUAUGCGAUAGCCAACAACUGAGUUUUGUUUCGAGCUACGUCGGUCCUCGCUUGAGAAAGGACCCGUUUUUGGUCUUUCCUAAUGAACUCUGCUUGAGGGUGCUUUCCUUCAUCGAUGAUCCAAAAACUCUGGCCAGAUCAUCUCAAGUGUCACGACGCUGGCGGGAACUGUUGAACGAUGACAUCACCUGGAAGAAUCUCUGCGAGAAGCAUGCCUACUCGGUGCGCCGGAUAUCGGAGGAGAACGGGGACGUCUUUGACUCGUUCACCGCUCCUCCUAUAGAGUCAACUCUCGGGGCACGCCCUCGGAAUGGGCUGCAACGGCGUCUGACGGCGUCGCAUGAACAGUCUACCGAGAGCGCCCCGGGUCUGCCCCGCACGCUUUCGGGAGAAUGGCUGCCACCGUCCAGCUUUCCAUCCCGGAGGCGGCGGGCCCGGCCAGUCUCCUACCGAUCGCAGUUUAAACAAAAAUACAUGGUUGAGUCCGCGUGGAACAAAGGUGGUCGCUGCACUCAGCGCCAUAUCACCCCGGAUCAAGGCGUGGUUACUAGCCUCCACCUAACCUCCAAGUAUAUUGUGGUGGCUUUGGAUAACGCUAAAAUUCACGUAUACGACACCGACGGCGACAACCAGAAGACCCUGCAAGGGCACGUGAUGGGAGUAUGGGCGAUGGUUCCAUGGGACGACAUUUUGGCUGCGACCGUGAAGUCCGAGUAUGGAACAUGUCUACCGGGUAUGGUGCUUUAUUUGAUCUUGUUGCUGUCCCCUCCGACACGAACCACGCUGACAUUGGGCAGGGCCGGCAUCCAUUUACUUCGUGGGCACACGUCGACCGUGCGUUGCUUGAAAAUGUCCGAUCGCAAUACUGCGAUCUCAGGGUCUCGAGAUACCACACUUCGCAUCUGGGAUCUGGCCACGGGGACGUGUCGGAAUGUCCUGGUCGGGCACCAGGCCAGUGUUCGGUGUCUGGCAAUCCACGGGGAUCUCGUGGUGUCGGGCAGCUAUGAUACCACUGCACGGAUCUGGAGCAUCUCCCAAGGUCGCUGCCUGCGCACCCUUUCGGGUCAUUUCAGUCAGAUCUACGCGAUUUCCUUCGAUGGCCGUCGGAUCGCGACCGGCAGUCUCGACACGAGUGUCCGAAUCUGGGACCCGCACUCGGGACAGUGCCACGCCAUUCUUCAGGGCCAUACAUCUCUGGUUGGGCAAUUACAGAUGCGCGGUGACACGCUCGUGACGGGUGGCUCGGACGGUUCGGUUCGAGUGUGGUCGUUGACCAAGAUGGCACCCAUUCACCGACUGGCCGCCCAUGACAAUAGCGUGACAAGCCUUCAGUUCGACAACACUCGGAUCGUCAGUGGCGGCAGUGACGGUCGAGUCAAAGUUUGGAAUCUCCAGACGGGCCAAUUACUGCGCGAACUGUCUACUCCAGCCGAGGCGGUCUGGAGAGUCGCAUUUGAAGAAGAAAAGGCGGUGAUCAUGGCCAGCCGGUCUGGGCGUACUGUGAUGGAGGUCUGGACUUUUUCUCCCCCUGACGAGGACGAUGAUGCGGUUGAAAGCACUUCCAGCACCCCCGCGAUCGGGUCAACUAGCGAGGACCCUGAGAUGACCGUCCACACACGCAACCGGGCUCUUUUCUCCGAUCCAACACCGACCCUGAGCAGCGACGGUGAUCAGCCGAUGCCUGAUGCUGAUGUGGAUGCGCCCACCACUUGA